UCUUUGAUAAAUAAUUAAGAAAACACACGUCGUAGGUUGGCACCAUAUUUUACGCGAAGGUCGUCCAUUUUCAUUUAUAUACCGAGGGUUGCAUCUGAAACGGUACAGUUUUCGUUUUGUCACUACACGUACAGUCCGUAAAGCAGUUUCAUCAUAAUGAAAGGCCUGAUCAUCCUAUCUGCCGUCUUCGCUUUGGCCACAGCCAAACCCGGUGGCAUCUCCAUUGACGGUGUUGGCCUCGGCGGAAUUGGACUUGGAGGAGUCGGCGUAGGCCUCGGCGGCCUGGGUCUUGGAGGUGUUGGCCUUGGAGGAGUUGGCCUUGGAGGAGUUGGUCUUGGCAAAGCCAUCAUUGGUGGACCCGUGGUAACUGGUGCUUCCCUCGCCGGCCCCGUUGUAACCGGCGCUUCCCUGGCUGGCCCUGUAAGCACUGGAGCCGUCUUGGCUGGAGCUCAGACUACUGGUGCUGUGAUCGAUGGACCUAGAACCACCGGAGCUGUAUUAACCGGCGCCACCUCCACCGGAGCCAUCGUCAACUCUGGAAUCGCUUCUGGUGCUGUCCUCGCUAAUGGUGGUAUCCUUGGUGGUGGUAUUGUUGGGGGUCCAGUAGCUCUUGCUGGCCCAGUAGGCAUUGCUGCCGCUCCAGUUGCUGUAGCUCCAGUUGGUGUUGCCGCUGGCGUCGUUACUAACGGAGGCGGUGCCAUUGGUGUUUCCGGUGCCGGAGCUGUAGUAAGUGGACCACCAACUGCUCCAGCUAUUAUCAAAGGACCUUCUGGUAAAGUUGUUGCUGACGGACUUUGGGGACCUACCCUGCAAGGAUUACCCUUGACCAAGAAGGUUUUGUGGUAAACCAGUUUGUCCCUCUGAACUAGAUCUUAGUGCGAUCCUUGUAAGUUGUUGAAGUGUCUUUUAGGGGCUGUUAUCUGGUUUUUUGUAAAGGGCAUAGUAAAUAAGAAAUGGUGUAAAUUAGGGACUGUGUUGCUUUUCACUUUUUCUUUCUUCUUCUUCUUCUUCUUUACCUUCUUAUUUUCUAAUAGUCACAGUGCUUGAUUUUCACCACAAAAAAAUAUAUUUGCGCAAGCCAGAAAACUUAAACCCUGAAGAUAGUCAGCAACGGGAUCGAAACCACGACUGCCUCUUUUAUCAACCGACUUGUACUUGUAUAUAUUUAGGUUAUUUAUGAUAAUAUAGCAAUUUGUGAUAAAAA